AUGGCGAUGACAACAAAAAUGACAAUCAAAAUAUUAAACAUUUUUAUGUUAUACUUGUGUCUUACCAAAGUAUGGGCAGAUUCUGGUGAAUUUUACAUAUCCAGUAAAAGAGCAAGCAGCCACCCUUGUCAAUAUGAAGAAAACAAGUGUAAACAUGGUUUUUGCAAAGAGACAGAGAAAAUCAAUGGGAAAAACUACUUAUGCGCAUGUCCACCAAAACGAACCGGCCUGUUGUGCGAGAAAUCUAUGCCUGACUGUCUGAAAUGUGAACCAAUGGCAAGAAAGGAGUGUACAGGAUUUAAUGAUGGCACGGCAAUUUGCAUUUGUCUGCAAUACAAGAAUGAGAAAUACGAUUCGCCGUCAAUCUGCUUCUUCAAGAGAAGAAAACCAUGGAGACAAAGAGAUUGUAAACGGGGGCAUCAUGAUUGUACCCCCGGUCAGGAAUGUGUGAAUUAUGCUCAAGACGAAAACAAGAUGGCUAUGGUGUGCCAGUGUCCUGUAGGAAACACACGCGGAGCUAACAAUUGUGAAGAAGGUCACAAUUACGAGACCGACAUACCGGGUGAUGCGUUCUCCUGUGUUGACACAAACCAGUAUGGACCAAUAUGCAUGUGCAAAAAGUAUGGUCGACAAGGAAACGAGUACGGAUUCUGCAAACCAGAGCUGGUUCAACCAAAACUUAUAGAACCUUUGAGCGAUGAUGGGCCGUGCUCUUUCAGCAGUAACAAAUGCCGUCACGGCACGUGCUUCCGGACAGACAAGGACAAGUUCAUCUGUGAAUGCCAUGGCUCAUACCAUGGCAAAUAUUGUCAUUUCAAAACACCGUAUUGUUCAGAAUGUAUAAAGAACCAGAGAGUUGAGUGUCUCGGGUUGGAAGAUGGUACCGCAGUAUGCAUUUGCUUGGAGUAUUAUAAAACAGACAAAUAUGCAGCACCAUCACUCUGCUUUUUUCUAAAAGCUAAGCCAUAUCGAAAGGACAUAUGUAGACAUAACAAAAAUAAGUGCGAUCCAGGACAGGAGUGCGUGAAUUAUGCUCAAGAUGAUAAUAAGAUGCAAGUUGUCUGUCAAUGUCCGGUUGGAAGGACUCGGGGAAUGGACUGUAUAGAAGAUUACAAAUCCAUGAAAAUUACAAACGUAAAGCCGGACUGUCUGUAUUCAGAAAAGUUCGGACCUUUCUGUGUAUGUUAUAAAUACGGCAAGACGGGGAAACGGCCCGGCUUCUGUAAACCAGAAAUAACAGUACAUGGCGCCGUGGUUAAACCGAAAGGAUCUGGAGGUCCAUGUGCUAUCAACGAGAACAAAUGCCGUCGAGGUGUUUGCAUAGAAACUGAACAGUACAAGGGCGGGAAUUUCAUCUGCGCAUGUCCUAAUUCUUAUACAGGGAGACUCUGUCACCAUGAUAUGAUAGAAUGUUGGAGAUGUAAGAAAGAGGCAAGAAGGGAUUGUAUAGGGCUACCAGAUGGAACUGCUGUAUGUGUAUGUCUCGAAAUGAAUCCAAAUGAAAAAGGAAACCCGCCAUUAAUUUGCUACUUUAAAAAAAGCGCACCGUGGAGACAAAAGGAUUGUAAAAAUAAUAAAUACAAAUGUGAUCAAGGCCAAGAGUGCGUCAACUAUGCUCAAAAGAACGACUAUAGGCUGUAUAUGUGCCAAUGUCCUGCUGGCAAAAAGCGCGGGAAAAGAUGUCAAGAAGAUUAUCAAGUUGACCGACCUGCCGGGAGAUUCUUCUGUGUUGAUACAAUGCUGUAUGGUCCAAUUUGUUUGUGCGGCAAGUAUGGUAGCUAUCAUUACAACAAGUACGGGUUCUGUGUUCCACAACUCAAGGAGUCAACUGGUUAUAGACUUGUUCAAAAUGCAAAAACAACGCUUCUCGCAACAGAUUCUCCAUGUGAUGGUAAUCACAAUAUAUGUAAAGAAGGUGUGUGUAUGGAAGUGAAGGGCCAGGACAAUACAAGAUUUAUAUGCUCUUGUCCAGUCGGAAAAACAGGGAGGCUCUGCCACCAUGAUAUGUACAAAUGUUAUAAGUGCCGGAAGUCCGCCCUAACAGACUGUAUUGGGUUACCAGAUGGCAGGAGUGUUUGUGUUUGUGUUGAGACCCCAAAAGCAAUUAUUGCUGAGGAACCUGCUAUAUGCUAUUACGAUAAAGCAAAGGAACACGAACAAAGGAGUUGCAACUGGGGUGGCCAUGAAUGUGACCGUAAUCAAAAAUGUGUCAAAUAUGAUAGAAUAACCUGCCAGUGUCCAGCUGGGAGAAAACGCGGGAAAAAUUGUAACGAAGAUUAUAAAGAUAUUGAAGAUACUUCAUGUGUCGAUACACAGAAGUAUGGACCGAUAUGCGUAUGUGAGAGAUAUGGCGGCGGUUUUAGCAAGUUUGGAUUUUGCAAACCAAAUCUUAUCAAGAAAAAGGUGUUAGGAAGUGACACCUAAUCAACAAUGAGUCAUCGUCGAAACCUGGACCUGUCUGUCGUCAAGUGAAAAAAAUGUUGGUUCAUGAGUAACGGAAAAGACCUAGUAUAUGAAAAAAAGUUCAACAAUAUGAAGGAGGCAUGUUUGGUUUGACCAAUUACCGCAUCGUUCUUGUUGCUGGAAGUAUUCCCGACCUGGUCACGCGCUUGUCACGUGCAGGAUUGUCUGCGAUAUUUGUGUCAUAAACCAGGAUGAAAUGCAUUAAAUUGUAACAUAACUUGAAUAAAAAUACUCUGUAAUUGGA